GCCCAGGAGGUAGGGCUAAACUUGGGCCGAGCAUGUGUCUAGGCAGUAUAUAAGCUGGCCGGCUCGGUUCCUAAGCACAUUCGACCCACAUCUCCUUCUUCACCUCUACAAGCCACCCCAACCCACCCCUCAAAAUGUACAAGCUGGUUGUGUUCGCCGCCCUCCUCGCCGUGGCCGCCGCCGCGCCUAGCCCGUACGGUGUUCCGCUGGGCGUAGCGGCCCCUUAUGCGGCCCCCGUAGCAUCGGUUUGGGGCCAUGGGCUCGCUCCAGCACCCAUUAUUAAGACCGCGGUACCUGUCGCCACUUCCUAUGCCAACACAGUGAGGCUCGCCAGCCCAGCCGUGGCGGUGGCGCCCGCCCCAUACGCCGCCGUGGCGCACGCGCCCGUCCUGGCGUCCCCCUACGCGCACGCCUGGUAAGCGACACGCCACACGCCACACGCCACA